AUGUUCCUCACUUCCCUGCGUUGUCUCUAUCUUGAUAACUGCAAGGGAUGCAAAGAUCUUCCAUCAUUUUCACUGUUUCCAGCACUUAAGAAACUGCAUUUAAUCAGCUUGCUUGAGUUGCAAAGUGCUUCUUUAGAGGAAGUGAUAUUAUCUGAUAUGCCAAAACUAGAGAAAUGGAGUUCCUCUGAAAAGUACCAACUAAUAGAUGAUCUACAGGUACUUGAAAUAUGCAACUGCCCCAUACUGAGAUACUUGCCUUUACCACCUACAUGUAAUUCUGCAGUAGCAAAGUACCGCCAACUCCAAAGUGUGGUGAUUAAGGGUUGCCCUUGCCUGAUAGGAUUACCACCACUUCCUCUGGGUCCCAAAAUUAAGCUGUUGGUUGAGGAUGUACAAUCAUUUCCAUGUAGACGCAUGUCCUACAGCGCAGAUACCAAUCCAAGCUUGCUCUUAAUGGGGAAGGAUGAUCUGAGAGUACUUGAUGGAAAUGUUAUAUCAUUUCAAAAUCUAGCUUCUUUGCAAGAGCUCUCCAUUGAUACAUGUCCAAGCCUCACAAGCAUCUCAUGGCAAGGACUUCACCAAUUUAGCAUAUUGAAGGAUCUGACAAUAUAUCAUUGCCCAAACCUGCUCUCAGUGCAGAUGAUAGAAACAGAGCGAACGCUUGCUAAUGCUAAGGGACUUCUUCCAUCACUCCAGAGGCUUGAAAUCUGGUCGUGUGGUAUCACUGGAAAAAAUCUAUCUUGUUUACUGUCACAUGCACCAAAUCUUUCUUUCCUGAAGCUAAAAGACUGUCAGCGGAUCAGAAGGUUGACUGUACACCAACAUGCAGAUCAAGGCAGCCCAAUUUUGCUACCUGAUGGUGCAGCAGCUGAUGGGUUGUUGCACAUCCAUCCACGUUCAGUGUCAUCACUCCAAGAGUUGUGCUUUGACAGCUGCCCAACAAUAUGUGAAAAUGGGGAGGGUCUCCGGGGGCUCAUCACACUAAAAAAAUUGGAGAUAUAUGAGUGCCCAAGGUUCCUUUCUUACAUAGUGUUUCAAAAUGAAGAUAUCCAUCAUGUUGAAGGUACAUGUCUCCUUCCAUCAUCACUGCAAGUGCUCAAGAUAACCAAGGCAGAGUGGAAAUCAAUGUUGCUCCAUGGACUCACUGCCAUGGAGAGCUUAUCCAUUUGCCACAGCAAACUAGAAGCUCUUCACAUGGAAUCCUCUACAAAAUUGAAGUACAUUCAAGUUCUUGCAUGCACAAAGCUCACCUCCAUACAAGGUUUGCAAUUAUGUGCUGAGCUCAAAAAAUUGGAGGUAGUCUUUACCCAUGGGUUUUGGAGAGCUUGGGAUCUUGAGCUGCAAAGAGAGGGAGAAAGCAACAAAUUACUGCUUCCAGUGGAACUCAUCCACACGAGUGAUAGUUCAAUGCUUACUUUGUCAAUAUGCAAGCACCUUGAUCACCUUAGGAGGUUAGAGUUUCGUUGCCUAUCCAAUAAACUAGAAACAGAGCAGGAGAAAGCACUUCAACAGCUCACCUCACUCAAUGAGCUACAAUUCUUUGAGUGUGAUUGUGACUUCUCCGUACCAGCAGAACUACAUCAGUUUACAUCCCUCAAGAAGUUAGAGCUCAUGAACUGUUCGACUAUUUCAUCAUUUUCCGAGAGAGGCCUGCCGCCUCGCUUGGAGCAUUUGGUAAUUAUUGAUUGCAAGGAUCUCGAGUCAUUACCUGCUGGAAUAUAUGAAAAUUCCUUUCUGAAGAAAUUGGAGAUGAAGUCCUGUCCACGAAUUCGAUCACUGCCAAGAGGGGGCCUGCCAGCUUCUCUUCGAGAAUUGAGGUUUGAAAAAUGCAGUAGUAAACUGCAGGAGCAUCUCCAGAGUAUGGAUAAAGCUGACAUGGUCAUAGUAUGGUCAUGA